CGAUGCAAAACAUCGUUGCCCCCCUCAAUUCUACUAAAGCAAAUAGCUUUACUGUGAAUAUAACCUUUCCACACAAAGGCGUUGUGCCUCCUCAGAUCAUCUUUGAACCCUUUGCUCUUCACAUAAUGCAAAACCAGCAGAAGCCUGUCUGGGAAACAGCGUUACAGAGAGUCUUGGUGGUGCAAGGUGUCAUUUUGUUUUGCUACAGUUCCUCUUGGCUUGCUGCCCGUUGGCCGCUGAAUUACCAUCCCUGUGAGCGAUCCAGAUCUAUGUACUUGUCCUUUCCCAGUGUUUCCUUGCUUACUUCCAGGACACUGACUUUAGAGGAUAGCAGCUGUUUCCUAGGGCUUGUCCCUAAGAAUUGGUACCCUUAGGAGGUGCUGUGCUGGCUCAGCCCCGGGUUUGACACCUUCUCUGCUCCAGGUACGAGUGAGAAAUACUUGCAAGCAGCAGCAAGCACACCAAGCUGUCUGUCUGUUGGACCCUGUUAAUUCCUUGGUUUCCUCAGUAUUAUGACACUUUUGGAGCCAGACUGAUUCUAGAAAUAGGGCUUUAAAUUAAAGAGAUGACUGCUUGCUGUUACGGAGAAAGGCUUUGCUGGGUGAUGCUGAAGGGAGAUGAGGGUUGUAUGUGUAUUGUUCUUGUCUUACCAGCUCAGCCUACGAAAUCCUGUUUUAAGAAGCUGUUCGCCUCUGCGUUCAGAUCCCAGCACGCUGAAGCACCCACUUCAGUGUUGUCGAGAGCUCUGGCCCUCUCUUGUGGGGAGAAAAAGGGGGGGUGUGUGUGUGUGUGAUUCCUGGGAAAGCUUCCAGCGCUGGGCCAACUGUGGAAACAGCUGGGCUUUGUGCCAGCCCUUCGGAGAGAGGGGGAGCUCAGAGCUGGCCCGGGGAGUGUCUCAGGCAGGGGCUGGUGUAGCCUGUCGCCUUCCUCAGCGUCUCGGGGCUGCUCCUGUUUCAGGAGAGGAGCUACUCUGUACGGAGCUGUGCUCAAGCAGGGACUCACUGCGAGGGGUGGUACAGGCUCCCGAUGGCCUUCUGAUAGGAAUUGGCUCGAAAGAAUCCGACAUAUGUCAGUGCUCCUGGCGAGGAGGAGGAGUGUAUCAAGGAGGAGGGGAAGCACGAUCUCUGGAUAAGUGAAGAUAAGGGAGGAUUUGGGGAAAAUCGGUGAGAAGAGGAAGAGCCCCUGCGGGGAAGUAAGCUUGUGAUCUCUGUGUCUCACCUAGCAAUCGCUGCAGUCCUCGUUCUAGACGCUGCAAAAUAAACUGCGGUAUUUGGGGGCCAUGGCUACAGACCCCCUCUCGGAGCUUCAGGAUGACCUGAACUUGGAUGAUACCAACCAGUCCCUCAGCCAGCUCAAACUGGCCUCCAUAGAUGAUAAGAGCUGGCCAGCAGAUGAAGCCCCUUCUUUUCCCAAAUCAGAGGACUCCAAAGGCUCCCCUGAGCCCGUCACUCACCUGCAGUGGGAUGAUCCCUACUAUGAUAUCGCCAGGCACCACAUUGUGGAAGUAGCAGGUGAUGACAAAUAUGGAAGGAAAGUCAUUUUGUUCAGUGCCUGUCGGAUGCCCCCAAGUCAUCAACUUGAUCAUGUGAAACUGCUGGGGUACCUGAAAUUCACACUGGACCAGUAUGUGGAGAGUGAUUACACACUGGUGUACCUGCACCAUGGCCUGACCAGUGAGAACAAGCCAUCCCUGAGCUGGCUGCGGGAUGCCUACAGGGAAUUUGAUCGCAAGUACAAGAAGAACAUUAAAGCCUUGUAUAUUGUGCACCCAACCAUGUUCAUCAAGACCCUGCUGAUUCUCUUCAAGCCUCUGAUCAGCUUUAAGUUUGGACGAAAGAUUUUUUACGUGAACUUCCUUAGUGAGCUGGAAGAGUAUGUGAAGCUGGAACAGUUGGGGAUCCCAAGCCAAGUGCUGAAAUAUGAUGAAUAUCUGAGAUCCCUGCAGAAACCUUCGCAGGUGCCCCAGAAGCCAACACCCCCACGCCCACCGCUGCCAAACCAGCAGUUUGGAGUCUCGCUCCAGCAUCUCAGGGAGAAAAGCCCGGAUCAGUCUCCUGUUCCUCUGGUGGUCAGAGACACCAUUGCUCAUUUGCAGGAGCAUGCUCUUGCUACAGAGGGGAUUUUCCGGAGAUCAGCAAAUACACAGGUUGUCAGGGAGGUCCAGCAAAAAUACAACAUGGGUGUGCCUGUAGAUUUCCAGCAGUAUGAAGAUGUCCACCUCCCUGCUGUCAUUCUCAAGACCUUCCUGAGGGAGCUACCUGAGCCCCUCCUCACUUUUGGCCUCUACAGCCACGUUGUCAGCUUCCAGAGUGUGGAAGAGGUGAAUCGCGUGGAUGUUGUUCGCAAAACACUCCAGACUCUGCCAGAAGAAAACUACCAAGUGCUCCGUUUACUCACAGCCUUUCUGGUGCAGGUCUCUGCUCACAGUGACAGAAACAAGAUGACAAACACCAACCUGGCAGUUGUCUUUGGCCCGAAUCUGCUGUGGGCCAAAGAUGUCGCCAUCACCCUAAAAGCCAUCAACCCCAUCAACACCUUUACCAAGUUCCUGCUGGACCACCAGAAGGAGCUCUUUGAGGAUGUGGAGGCCUGAAUCCAGGCCGGCCCAUGCCAGCACACUGUGCCCACCUUCCCACCUUCUUUCCCACCUUGUCUCGGAGCUGUGACCAAGCUGUCUCAAAGGGACCACUGAUCCUCUGGGUGAUGAGCAGAGCGAGGGCUGUGGAGAUGGUGGAGAAGGUGUGUAAGAAAGCGAGCAGGAGACCUGCUGCUCCAGAUGUGGAGGGGAGCUGGUAUCCCAGCUGCUGCCAGGGGAGUCCUGACCCACCUGCCAGUCUGCGCAGCUCCUCCAGGGCUCAUCACCAGUCUGUUGCCCUAUCAGACAACCUGCCUUCCUUUCCUCCUUCCUUCGUAUGCAGUUUUUUUUGCCCUCCUGGUCCCUUCCUCAGCAAAGAUCUGGUUUUGUUUAAGCUCCUGACAGCCCCGGCUCCCCCCUCCUUGCCCCAGCUGGGCUAGGGCAGGCGUGCUGGGUUUUGUGGCAGAGAUGUUCCUUGCUGCGAGUGCCACCUCUCAGCACCGAGCGUGCCUCCUGCCUUUCUCCAGAGGCACCUACAGCAGGAAAGGGAGCCAGGCAGCCCUCGUGCUUCAGGUAGCAGCAUGUCCUGCACUUGCAAACACCGCUCUAGACGCCGUGCUUUUUGGCAGGCAAGUGAAGCACACGGGCUGUAUUACCUGUCAGACUCCAGAAGCUGAAUUGAGCCCAGACUCCUCUGGGGUCAACGCACUCCAGGUACUAGUCGGUGUUUGCUGGGGUGUGGUGGGUGAGGUGCCUCCCAGGGUUACCCAGCUGGGGUGUGUUUGUCCCUCCAGCAGCAUUUCCAGCCCAGCUGGGGUGGUUCAUGCCAGGCCUGGCUGGGCGGGGGGGCUGGCCGGGGCCCUUUGACCGCGGGUGAGUCUGCCCGGCCGGGAGCAAGUGCCCUGGUGGCACCAAACUGCUGAACACUAUGAGGAUUCUUCCUUCCCUGUGGCAGCAGCACAGGGCCUCUUCUCCAUCAGGCACAUAUAUUGGUGCUGCCCUGGCUGGCUGUCUUUUUGAGCUGAACUUUCCCCAGCACAGUGUAACAGAGAGCGUGGCCUUGAAGGAUGGUCUAGGGACUAGGGUUAACCCUCACCCUGGAGCGCGCCCGGCCUGGGUUCUGAAUUUCUGCCUAAGUGCUGAGCACUCGUGUGCCAAAGCUGUGAGGGAACAGCUAUUCCACGCCAAGGGCCUUUGCCCUGUCUCCUCCUUGGUUCGUAUCUUCCUUCCAUCCUACUGUGGAAGCCGGGUUGGGUGCGUCCCGUGUGCCCUGGGCAUGGCUGGAGAGAUCGGGGUGGGCCUGGCACCUUCCCAAAGCGCCUGCAAUACUGUUGGGGCAUCACAGGGGGGUUUGGGUUGUAGCGUUCCCAUUACCGAGCUAAAAGAGAUCCCUCUGCUCAGCCUGGGCCUGGCAGCAGGGUGCUGGUCGGGAGCUUCUAGCCUUCCGUCACCGGUAUGUUGUGCCCUGCAUGCCUGGGCCAGUCCUCUGCACCGGCCCACAGGGACAAAGCUUUUGGACCAAGCAGAAUUUUAAAAAAGCUACUGGACGCUGAAAUAGAAUUUACUUUUUCAUAAUGUUUUAGCCUGCUUUGAAACACUGACCAAAGGUCGGCGCCCCAGUGGUGAUCAAAACAAGCGACAUCUGCCGCAGGACUUACGGAGCCGGCUCUUUUUGCUGAGCUCUGGAACGGGGACGGGGCAGCUCUGCGGCGCGGCGCAGGUCUGGCCGGCUGGCUCGGAGGAGGCACACCACCACGGGGGUGGGAACAGCGAGCAAGGGACUGAGCGUUGCUGAGGCUGGAGCAAGAGAUGUUCUAGGAGAGGGUUGGGUUUGAUCCCUUCUAGGUAGGUGCUGGGGGACUUUGCCCUGUGGAGGCUACAAGGCUGCUUAGUUUCCCUCUUCCAAGGGUAGGAGUCUUCCCUGCUUGGCCAGGAUAUAAAUUGUAUUAGCCUGAACGAUUCGCAGCAGUAACCAAAUAAAUGUUUCGGAGUUUGGGAUACUCGGCUCCUAGGUCACCUCUGAUCUCUGCUGGAGUAAGUUAGCGGGGCUGGUGUGCUGCAGAGGAGUAAUCUCCUGGGCUGGACAGCGUAGAGAGAGGUGUACUUGCCCCAGUUUUUGUUUUAAGAGGCAAGGACAGCCUGGGAGGAGCGUGGAGGCGGAGGGAGCCCAGCGCAGCCCCUCUUGUCCCUGCAGGCACCCCACUCUGUGUAGGCUUUGGUGUGUGGGGGGGUUGACUUGGUGCUCUGACUGUAUCUGCAACUGGCAGUGGCCUCGCUUAUAUCCCCUUAGAGGAAAGGUAAACGUGGCUAACUUCUCCUGGGACAAACGGGCCCAAGGUUGUGCAGCUGAGACUGGGAAGAGCCGGUGUGCGGGAGCGUGAGGCACGGCCCUGUGUGCAGCCCCCUUCCAGCCCUGCAGAGCAGCAAGGACCGUUCCCAGCCCAGUAACAAGAGGAGCAGAGCUGGGGUAGCUUAGCUCCUGGCCCUGGGGAGAGCAGGGACUGCUGCACAUGUCUGUGUUCUGGCAGCAGUUGGUUUGGUGGGUGCUUUUGUUUGUUUUUUGUUUUGUUUUUUUUUUUUAAAAAUGAAUUUUUGAAAUGUUUCCUUUUUUAGCAAAAUGGAGACUGGUGCAUCCCCUGCAGGCAGGGAUAAAAGCCUGCUCCAGUUCAGUGCCUGCAGGGAGCAGAUUUGGAGGGUGUUCAGGAAGCUGCUACUGCUCAUGGUGGGAAAGUGCUUGCAAAUCUUGGAAGGGACCCAGUGUAAAUAUCCCCUUUCCUCUGCUGCUCCUCAUGGUGGAGCUGCCGGGGGCCCUGGAGCAGGCACAGGAACCAGGGUUGCUUUUUGCUUUUGCCGUCUGCUCUCCUGAAGGCCUUGUAUUGAAAUACCCUUCCUGUGACUUGAGCAAGCAGCUGGCCUGGGCCUGCCUGUGCUGGGUGGCCACCAGAGCCUGCAGUUUGCCAAGCCCGGGGGUUAAAUUCCCCCCUCCCGCCCACCCGCAGGGCGCUGGCUGGGCUGGCUUUUCUCUGCCAGGCAUAGGUGGGGGCCAGCAUCUGAUGAGGCUUUCGUGGGUUUUCUCCUCGCUGUAGAGCUCCCCGAGGGUCUCUUCCCCAGCUUGCCUUUCAGGUUAGCUGUUAGCCAUUCCUCCCUCUUCCACUUGUUCCACUUCAGCUCUCUGCUUUUUAGCACCUGGACCAUUCCCCUCUGCUAAGCCUCCUGCUGUCUUAGUGGCCUCUGAUGGCUCCCUGCGGUACUGACACCAGAGCUGGGGGGGGCAGGGGCCACCCGGAUGCCUUGUGGCAAUGUUUGCUCGUUUGAGAGGGAGCUGAGGGCCCGUUUGGUCCCUGUUGCCUCUUAUGCACGGGGGCUCCUGUGCAAAAUUUUUGGCUUUGCUUUUGUUGCCGGUGUUCCCUGCCGCCUUUUCUGUUGAUGUUCCUCAGGUGCAGGGCUGGGGUUUUCACAGUUCACGUUGUUUAUUUCCUUCUAAUCCGCACCGAUCUUAUAAUUUCACGGUUUGCACUUUUUUUGUAUUUCAAUAAAAAUGAAAAUGCAA